CGUGGCGAAGGUAGCAAAUAGUGAUUAACAAUUUUUUACAGUCAUUGUUUUAACAGCUAAAAAGAUGCGGAGAAUUAGAAUUUAGUAAUUUGCGUGUAUGUUUGCGUGUGUUUUUAGGCUUUAAUCCAUAUUUGGUUCUAGCUUUAUUGAAAGUUGGUCGUGUUGAAGUUGCUGCCGUUACAGUUAAUUAUGUUGUGAGACGUUUCAGCUAGCAGCCUGCUAACGUUAGCUGCAACAGCCAAGUGUCUGUGCCUUAGAGUAACUUACUCCUAACAGAUUAAAUGUCUGUUAGACGGGCUCUGGUGGAUUGUGUUGUGUUGUCUCUGCAAGAUGCCUGUGUGUUUUAUCCUUGCUGUAAAGGCUGCUUCUCAAGGAUUGACGUUGAACAGCAGGACACGACGAGAUGCAGAUGCUCUAAGUGUGGUUCUAGCUGUCUGAGGGAACAGGUUGAUUACAGAUAUCGUCUGUCACUAAGGGUGGCCCGGGACAGAUGCAUAUUUGGAGUUACAGUGUUUGGAACCUGCUUGAACCCAUUCUUUGGCAUUCAUGCAAGUGGUUUACAGAGGUUGGUGGAGAACUUAGAUGGAGCAUCAACCAGAUCCACAUUGUUGGCGAAGGCUGUCGAGGACUGUUUUAUUGGCAGACAUUUCAUCUUUGGUAUUAAGGUAACCAAGACAGAAAGUGGGCCUUGGUUAGGAGGGCCUGUUGCGAAUGGCUCCAGCAGUAAAGAAGCAGUCCACUUUAUUGCCACUCAGAUGAUUCUCCCCAAAGCUACAGGCAUGGGAGGCUGCACAGUGGUCAGUUAUUAUCAGAUCCUUCUUCAGAAAGCUGCAGAAUAUGAACUGGGAUCCACUGAUCCCAGCAAAACCUCCAGACCCCCAGCAACAACCCUGCUGCUGAUUCCUCGCCGUUUUCCAGCCAGCAGCUUUAAUAAUGCCACACUUUCUGCCUCAGGUCUUCUUUCCCAGUCACCGCAAAGUUCACAGAACCAGGACGGCCCCCUUACUCCCACCCCUCCUUGGCAACAGUCACUAGGACUAGUUACUUCAUCGGCAGAGCAGGAGGAAGGCUGCAGUACCCAGGACAGUGGAGAUGAGAACAGAAGGCAGACAGACAACAACAAAACACCAGAUCAUGCACAGAGAGGCUACCUGGAGAACCAUCAAGUCACAGAGGAGAGAGCACUGUCGCCUCUUCUUUCUUUAGAGUGCAGUUCUUCCAGUAGUCCACCAUUUGCCAAAUACCCAUACUCAUCUAUUGCGAAAGCUGUUGGAAACACCCCCACCCUGAACACUUGGUUCAGUCCUCCGUCACCUGGCCACAACAGGCCCAAGGGGUUUUCUACCAGACAACUCACCAAAGCAUUUUUGUCAAGCUCCUUGGCUUGGGAAGAUUUGCCUUUCUCUGAGAGUCUUACAGAAUUUUUGUGUGAGGAAAACAAAGAUUUUGACAUUGUUGGUGAAACAGAGCCACAACUAAAUGUGCAAAAUCAGGAAAAAAACGCAAGAAGCGACCUGGAAAUCGGUUCACAAGACAAGAACAUAUCACAUAAAUCAACUUCUGUUUGUCAAAGUAACACGCAGAUAACAGGCAGCCACUCACAGUUAUUACUGGAUAUCACCAAUACACCUGCACCGAAUGGUAAUGAUUUCUCUGACCAGGUACAUAAGAACCCUGUUGGAUUUGCAAGCAUGAGUCAAGCCAGAAACAUGUGUUCCCAUGAGUGUAAUCAGGAGGAUGAGAAAGCUAGUUCUCUGUCUUUUGAAAAUGAAGAGGAAGAGCAGCUUGAAGGGGAUACCUACAAUUGUUCAGCAGACCUAUUCAGUAGCUCACUCAUAAUCGAUAUGAACACAAACCAGCUCAAUACACAUGCAGAGACUUUCAGGACGGCCACAGAAGCUUGCCCACUGCUUUCCGAACUAAACAAACAGCACCUGAGGUGUAAAAAUGGUACACAUUCAACACCAGACAAAGAGAAACUGAAAAGUGAUAAAUGCAUUAAAAGAGACAGUUUAAUUCCAACAGGCACACAAGAGCUCGACUUCAUCCCUCCCUCUCAGUCCACCCCCAUUGUAAAAGUAGCUGUUGUGACGGCCUCCUCUUACAGAACAGGAAAUAUGCCUGAAUUAGUAGAUAAAAAGACAGCCAGAACCACCUCUUCUCUUUGUAAAUUUAACCGUGUCAGUGCAAACCAGCUGUUCCAGUGUGGCAGAGAGUCUACAAAAGAAAACAUGGUGUUGAGGACGACUUCCUGGAAACCAGACGAGCAUAAAAACCACCCUAGGGUCCAGAGAGGGGCUCUAAACACAGAGUCAACCGGAAAGAUCAACCACAAAUGUGACUCAAGUGAUUGUGAUGUGACUGUCUAUGAUUAUGAGGACAAUGCAUUAAUUGUUCCUCCGACUCCUGCUGCUAAAACACGACUGAGUGUGAAGCUCAGAAAAAGAAGGCAGACUCAUACAAGCAGCAUAAAUUUGGGUUAUUCUUGGGAAGGGCAGCAGGGAGAUGGAGUUGAUUGUAAAAGAAAUCUGUUGGAUCACACUCUCACAUCAUCACAGAGAGGUGUGGCACACAUAGGGAAUUGUGACAGUGAAACGGUUAAUGAGGGUAGUCUGGUUACAUCUAACUGUUACCUCCUUGAUGAUGCGAAUGAGGCAUGUGAUUGGUCUAGAGAUCUAUUCUCUGACUCAAUCUGAGAGGUUCUGUUGAAGAUGGACUUUACAAAUUGAUCUUAGAACUAAAGAUCUUUUUUAAUGUAUUUCAGGCGGGCAACCCAAGUUAUGAUAUUCUGUUGAAAAGCACUGCCAGAGAAGCCUUACUUGACCCACCUUCUGCUGCUAUCCCAGGCACACCCAUUGCUAAAAAAUGUAUAUAUUAUAUAUAUAUAUAUUUUAUUUUAUUUAUCAUAACUCUGUGUUCUAAAGACUUUCUGCUACUGCACCCUCUCACUCAUUGCUGCAUUUUACUCAUAACCCUGUCGGAUCUCCAUUGUUCCUACAACUAUGAAUGCUGUUAAAGCAAAGUGACAGUAAAAGGAUGAUUCUGUGUGUAUCUGAUAAAUGAUCUGCUGAUGCUACAUCUAA